GUUUCCCCGCUAACUGCUCGUUAGCUCGGCGGCGCUUCGGUGGCAGAAGGCAGCGUCAGCUGACGGAGAGGAUUCACACAGAUCAAGUAAUCUUCUUCACGGAUAUCUUCAGGUCGGAAAGCAACCAUCGACAGAGUGUUCCAUUUUCUAUACGCGGUUAAACUUUGAAGCAUGAGAAGAAACCAUGGCGCCGGACGCUGCUAGCCGGCGGACAUAGGCGACACUGCGGAGGAGAAAGUAUCGACAGAGCCACAAAGAAGAAAGCAGCUGGUGUGUUUUUCACGCUCGGAGGGGAAGACGGCAUCCGGCCUGAAAAGAAGCUCCGAGGUCGGGGAAUCUGGUCGAAGCGGCGCCACUCGCUUCUGGCCUCCCCGUCCCGGAAGCUCCAUGGAGAAGAUGAAGAGAUUCAAGCGGCGUCUCACUCAGACGCUGCGAGGCAGCCACACAAUCGACGAGUCGCUGUCUGAGCUGGCUGAGCAGAUGACUAUUGAGGAGAACGGCCUUAAGGACAGCGAGCCCAUCGUGAAGAACGGCCGACCUCCUUCGGCUCACAGCGUCCACUCCUUCCUUCACCAGUACACAGGAUCUUUUAAGAAGCCGCCGAUCCGACGGCCGCAGAGCGUCAUCGGAGGAGGUUUGGGCUCCCUCAUGGUCAUGCCUCGCAACGGCAGUCGCCUCGAUAUCGUUCAUGAAAAUAUGAAGAUGGGGUCGGACGGGGAGAGCGACCAGGCGUCAGGGACGUCCUCUGACGAGGUGCAGUCGCCCACGGGUGUUUGUCUGAGGAACAAAGGGAACAGACGCAUCUCUGCGGAGGACUUGAACAAACGUCUGUCUCUGCCAGCCGACAUCCGGAUACCUGACGGUUACCUGCAGAAGCUGCAGCUGAGCAGCCCGCCCUUCGACCAGCCGCUGAGCCGCCGCUCCCGCCGAGCGUCUCUGUCAGAAAUUGGGUUUGGGAAGCUGGAGACCUACGUCAAACUGGACAAACUUGGGGAGGGCACGUACGCUACCGUCUAUAAAGGGAGGAGUAAGCUGACGGAAAACCUGGUGGCGCUGAAGGAGAUCAGGCUCGAGCACGAGGAGGGGGCUCCGUGCACGGCUAUCCGAGAAGUGUCUUUACUGAAGGACCUGAAGCACGCCAACAUCGUGACGCUGCACGAUAUCGUCCACACGGACAAGUCGCUCACACUGGUGUUUGAAUACCUGGACAAAGACCUUAAGCAGUACAUGGACGACUGCGGGAACAUCCUGAGCAUGCACAAUGUCAAGAUAUUUUUGUUCCAGAUCCUGCGAGGCUUGGCCUACUGUCACAGACGGAAAGUUCUCCACAGAGACCUGAAGCCCCAGAACCUGCUCAUCAAUGACAGAGGGGAACUCAAACUGGCUGACUUUGGCCUGGCGAGGGCCAAGUCCGUACCGACUAAGACCUACUCUAACGAGGUGGUAACGCUCUGGUACCGACCUCCUGAUGUGCUGCUGGGCUCCUCAGAGUACUCCACACAGAUAGACAUGUGGGGUGUUGGCUGUAUAUUCUUUGAGAUGGCUGCUGGCAGGCCCCUGUUCCCCGGUUCCACAGUGGAGGACGAGCUGCACCUCAUCUUCAGGCUGUUAGGCACUCCCACAGAAGACAGCUGGCCUGGAAUCUCCUCCAUCGACGAGUUCAAGUCCUACAAGUUCCCCAAGUACAAAGCCCAGCCUCUGAUUAACCACGCGCCCAGGCUGGACAACGAUGGAAUCCCACUGCUCGCCUCGUUCCUCAAAUACGAGUCGAAAAAGAGGAUUUCUGCUGAUGAAGCGAUGAGGCAUCCGUACUUCAGGAGCCUGGGGCCACGUGUGCAAACGCUGCCAGAGAACAUGUCCAUAUUUACACUGAAGGAGAUACAGAUGCAGAAAGACCCCGGCUACCGGAACUCCUCGUACCCAGAAUCAGGCAACGGAAAGAGCAGAAGACAAAGCAUGCUGUUUUAAAAUUUCUGGACUGGACUUUUUGUAAUGGGAAGGAUCUCCACGCGAUGGAUCAGUGCCCAGAGAUGGAUGUCAGGGUUGAACAUUGUCGUCAUCGCUCCUCCUCCUCCACGGCCAACUCCUGGGGGAGACGCGUCCGCAGCACGACCCUUCCUCACCUCCGCCCGGGUCCGUUUGUGAACCCGGCUCCAAUAAGAGACCUUUAUAUUCUGUACAUCUAUAUUUAUUGAAACAUUUGCUGCUAAAUCCAACUACUGUCUAGAAUUCUAA